CACAGCUUUAACUGUUUAAACUUUAAAGUGGUAUUCACAAUCGUAGAAAAGGCCUUCUCUACAUCGUGUUUCUAAUAUUUUUACUCGUAUAAUAGUCGUAUUCAAUACUCAGGCUUUAGAUACUAUCAACUACCUAUUUAAUAUGUAAUGUCUAUAUGUGUACUGUAGGUGAAUUGCCAUUAGAGUUAAUUACUUUUUCACUUAUACCGUUGAGACUUUUGUAUCAAGAUAUUAAAAAUUAUGUGCGACGGCGUAAACGAGAUAAAAAACAAAUUUAGAGAUGUCUAUUUGCACAGCAAGUUCGAUGAAGACCUUAACAACGAUUCGAAAACGGCCAAUUCAAAAAGAAAAUGCUUGUACCAGGCAUAUUCCUUGGCAAACUCUUUAAAAGAAACCGAUUGGAUUUGGAGCCACAUGCGAUCUGAAUUAAAAUCUUACUCAAAUCUUAUUGACAAUAAAAAAGGUGUCAAUAAUUUUAUAUCAGCUAUUGAUAAAAUUACUUUAGGAACUAACAAUGUAAAAGCUUGGAAGAUGAAGACCAAAUUUGAUGUAACAAAACCUGUUAACGAUUUUAAAAAAUCAAUUAGAUGUCCAGAUCAUCUUAACUGUAAAAUUGAACCAAGCAACGAAUUUUACUUAAGUUUUCCAAAACAUAACAAUGUUACUCAAAACACAGAUAAAUCUGAUAGUCAAAUUAUACAUACAAAUUCAUUUAGAAAUGAAUCAACUACUCAGACAUUUAAAAAUAAUAAUAGUAAAACAUUUAUUAAAACACCUAUUACAAUAAUUCAACCUAUUAAUAAUAGAAAAAGAAGUAAAUAUGAUGACGAUUCACCUCCACGCAUACAGCCUAACAUAAAAAAUAAACGAGAAGACUCUUCCUAUAGUAAUCAAUCUCAAUUUAAUGGCUUCCAUACUGCAAAAACAGAAUUGCAUAUUCAAGUUAACAAACAAAACAAUGUUCAUUCUAAUACCUCAGAAACAUUAAUUAAAAAAUCUCUGGGUGUGAAUAAAUCACGCAGUGUUGUUAGCAAAUUUGUUAAUCCGUCAACUGAUAAUCAAAAAAAAGAUGAAGUAAAAAAUGAAUCAACUUUUGAUGAUAAUCCAUAUUUAAAAAAUAUUGAUCCUAAAAUGGUUGAAAUGAUUAGAAAUGAAAUAAUUGAAUGUAAAAAUCUAAUAACAUGGGAUGACAUAUCUGGUCUAGAAUUUGCUAAAAAUACUAUACAAGAAUCUGUAAUUUGGCCUCUUUUAAGACCAGAUAUAUUCAAGGGUAUUAGAAGACCACCUAAAGGCAUAUUACUUUUUGGUCCACCUGGCACUGGGAAAACUUUAAUUGGUAAAUGUAUCGCUUCUCAAUCCAACUCAACAUUUUUUAGUAUUAGUGCAUCAACUAUAACAUCUAAAUGGAUUGGAGAAGGAGAGAAGUCUGUAAGAGCUUUAUUUGCAGUAGCAAGAUGUCAUCAGCCUGCAGUCAUUUUUAUCGAUGAAAUUGAUUCAUUAUUAUGUCAAAGAAGCGAACAAGAACAUGAAAGUUCUAGAAAAAUUAAAACUGAGUUUCUUAUUCAAUUAGAUGGAGCUGGUACGAGUGAUGAUGAUAGAAUACUAAUAAUUGGUGCUACAAAUCGACCCCAAGAAUUAGAUGAAGCUGCCAGGAGAAGACUUGUAAAAAAACUGUAUAUAAGAUUGCCUGAUCAACAAGCUAGAAAAGAUAUGAUUAAAAAAUUAGUGGGUUCAGAAAACCAUGUUCUAUUAGAUGAUGAUUUGGAAAAAAUUGCUUCUUUAAGCAGUGGUUAUUCUGGAGCAGAUAUGAAAAGUCUAUGUCAAGAAGCAUCUCUUGGACCUAUCCGAUCAAUGACUUUUGAUAUGAUUAAUAAAAUCGAAGCUGAUCAGGUACGUCCAAUUAAUUUACAAGAUUUUCUAUCAGCAUUAAAAAUUGUUAUGCCCAGUGUAUCUUCUGAAGAUUUAAAUCAUUAUGUAACAUGGAAUGACAAAUUUGGGUGUAGUGAUUCUGGGUGUAGUGCACAGACAGAUAGUUAAAUGUAGCUAAAUUAAUUAAUGAUUAUAAAAUAUUUCAAUAAUCAAUAAAUUAUUUUUUUUUUAACUUGAGAUUUUAAAACUUAUUGUUUAUUUUAAUAAUUAUAUUUGAUUAAUGUUACAAAGGUAAAAAUAAAAAAUAAAUAGGUUCAAUUAUUAUGUGUUUAUCUAAAUAUUUUUUUAUGUAAGCACCAUUAAUUAAAAGCAUAUUAGUAAAUAUUUUAUUUUAUUAUUUAAGCAAAAAUAAACUAACCUUCAUUCUGAUUUAUUAGUACAAAAUGGUUUUAACCUAUAGUCUAAGCACUCAAAUAAAUACCUACAUCUCUUAGCGCUACCGACCUAGAUAUAUAUAAUAUUAAUCUUUACAUAGUUAAGAUAUGUUUACUGUGAUGAAUUGUGCUUAUGUAAAUAAAUUAAAAAUUAUAUAGAUAA